GAGCUUGAGGAAGUGACCUGAGGAGGUGGCUGGGAGCCCGCGCUGCACACAGUGCUGUCCUCACACUGUGCACUGAGUCUAGGAGCAGCACCAGGAUGUCUCGACUGCUGGCCACCCUGCUCCUCCUCUUCUCCAUCAACAGCGCCCUGGCCCUCAGGAUCUGCUCCUUCAAUGUGAGGUCCUUUGGGGAAAGCAAGAUGGAAAACCAGAAGGCCAUGGAUGUCAUUGUGAAGGUCAUCAAACGCUGUGAUAUCAUACUUGUGAUGGAAAUCAAGGACAGCUACAACAUGAUCUGUCCCAGGCUGAUGGAGAAGCUGAAUGGAAAUUCAAGAAGCACAACAUACAACUAUGUGAUUAGCUCUCGGCUUGGAAGAAGGACAUAUAAAGAACAGUAUGCCUUUCUCUACAAGGAAAAGUUAGUAUCUGUGAAAAGAAGCUACCUCUACCAUGACUAUCAAGCUGGUGAUGCAGAUGUAUUUUCCAGGGAACCCUUUGUGGUCUGGUUCCAGUCACCCCACACUGCUGUCAAGGACUUUGUGAUUAUCCCCCUGCACACCACGCCCGAGACAUCCGUUAAAGAGAUUGAUGAGCUGGCCGAUGUCUACAUGGAUGCGAAACACCGUUGGAAGGCAGAGAAUUUCAUUUUCAUGGGUGACUUCAAUGCAGGCUGCAACUAUGUCUCCAAGAAGGCCUGGAAUAACAUCCGCCUGAGGACCGACCCUAAGUUCAUUUGGCUGAUCGGGGACCAAGAGGACACCACUGUCAAGAUGAGCACCAACUGUGCAUAUGACAGGAUUGUGCUGAGAGGACAAGAGAUCAUCAGCUCUGUUGUGCCCAAAUCAAGUGGCAUCUUUGACUUCCAGAAAGCUUAUAAGUUAACUGAAGAGGAGGCCCUGGAAGUCAGUGACCACUUUCCAGUUGAAUUUAAACUACAAUCUUCAAAGGUCUCUACCAACAGCAAAAAAUCUGUCUUUUCAAGGAAGAAAAGCAAGGCCCGCCGCACCUAGAUACAAGGGCACCAUUUUGUUAACCAUUCUCACCUCUAAGUAAAAUAGCUCUAACAGGUUUGAACUGCUCCUUGCAUCCAAGAAACAAGACUGGUCCCACCGCUUUCAUUUCUCAACUUGAGCCAAUUGGGAGGAGAACCUUCUAUUAUCCCACAUGGGCUUGUACCUCCCCCAAAACUCCCAAAAGGAAACUGGGGCUUUUGCAGUCCGAAAGAAGGGUCUUCACAUCCUGAGCUAGAGGCCCACCCCCUGUCAUGACCAAUACUCGGCUCCCGUAGAGAAGCUGCGGGAGAGGAAAGAACAUUAGUUUUCAGUCUUCAUGAGGGAUCCUGUCCCGUGGGAAAUGACCAGAAAUGCCAAGGCCCCAACAGAACCCCAUGAUUUGGGCAAUUUACUGUUUGGGGAACCUGGCUGUUGUCUGAGGUCAUGCCAUCAUCACGUCUCACAGGGAGGAAGGAUGAAGGCCUCUCCCACCUGGUCACCUGCCUCUGAAUUGCCCUCCAACUCAGCCAGCCCAGGAACCACUGGUGUCUUUCUUUGAAAUUUUAUUCUGACCACAGGCCACCCUCAUUCCUACCCCUGCUUAUAAACCCCAUCACCAUUUGGAGAGAGCCCAGAGAUUUUGCAUACCUGCGAAGGUCUCUAUAUCUGGCAUAUCAUGUCAGACUCAUCCACAUCCCAACUUGUGCUCCUUGACCAGCAGGACUGCCUCUUCCCUGCACUCACGUGCCCUGUCCCAUCCACGAGUCUGGGCUAGGUGCCCUGGCCCUCAUGUAUGCCAUACCUCUAUUGUAAUACUCACUGCAUUGCAUUUGUCACCAAGGCCACUCUCAGGGCUCCUUGGUGGACGUUGUGGAUCAAAGACCCAGUUGGAUGGCAAGGACUCGAGGAUUUUAUUAUAUUUCUGUGACCAAAGAGUUGCAGAGGGGUCUAGCAGCAUGGCAACAUGUUACCUGUGUCCUGUAUGGUGACCACUUCUGUUUGGUUUCCCUUAUAUUGUUUCUUUGUUCAAGCAGUACGUGAACAUGGCUAACUAUGCGAGCAGCACCAGAGAAUGAGCAGAGACAAGGAACCCCGACCCCAGCCCCUUCUUUUCUGUCUCAGAAGCUUCUUUUAGAGGAGAAGUCAUCCUUGUGCCCCAAAGGCCAGCAGCAUGGCUGUGACAAGAGUCCUGUGCUGGGUGGUAGGGGAUGGGGCAGGGGAAGGGGAAGUGAACUGGGCACUAAGUGAGCCUGUCCAUGACUCUGACCUCUUUCCAGCUUAUGUGUUCUUCCAGAUUCUGUACAUAAAUAAGCACCAUAUGUAACCAUGAAAAAUAUAGAAAAUAGCAUACUAUG